GGGUAGGUGGUGGCUCCUGGAGGCCUGUCGUGGAACUCUGGGCCCAGACCUGCGCCACGGGUCACCUGGACUCUUCCCCCAGCCAGGCUUUCUAUCUCUUUCUGCCCAACACAGACCCUGAGGGGCCCGCUCAUGCCCUCGUUCCCCCUCCCUUCUGUUCCCUGCGACCCCACGACCCUGCGUGUCCCUGCACCCAUGUGCCCCAAACCCACACACCCUGCAGCAUCCUCGUGCACACACAGCCUGCGCCCCGCACGUCCCUGCACCCAGCCAGCUGACUCCAGUCCCCCCUGCGUGCACUGCAGGGAGAGGACCGAGAGGCUGUCUGCCCACACACCCAGAACAGCCACCCAAACACCCCGCUCCCCCAGGACCCCUGGGACGCACAGUCAGGCCCAGAGUUGGGGUCUGCUGCCCCCUAGACAGCUCCGUGUCCCUGAGGGCCCCUCCUUCGCGCUCACCACAGCCCUCGCCUGGCCUUGCUGCUGCUCCGCAGUGGUGCCUGUCUUGUGAGGCUGCUCAGUACACUGAGGUGGGGUGACCCGGCCCUCGGAGGACCUGGGCCCUCCACGAGAAGGGGCUUCGGCCAGGACUCCCGUGCACACCUGAGUGGGGGGCUCGGACUGGUCAGGCCAAGGUCCGUGGGCCUGCACCCCCAGCGCGUGGCCGCAGUGCGCCCUCCCCUCCCAUCCUUGGGCUCCCUGACCUCCCGACGCAAGAAGCAGGGCCUUCAUUCACCUGGUGGGCUAGACGCUGGACCGACCGUCCCCAGAAAGUGCACCUCGGACGGCGACGCGGGCUGUGAAGUGUCCUCUGAGACGCGUGGAGGGGACGCCCGGCGUGUGGCAGUUUAGUCGAGAGACUGGCUCCGCCCGAGAGCUGAGGAUCGCCGGAGCCUGGACGGUGACACCAUCUGGGCCCCAUCUGUCCUUCCUCACGGCACCCUUGGCACCUUAAGCCACUACCCCCAGCUGCAUUUUGGGAGAAAGAUGGAGUCCAAGGUCUCAGAAGGUGGGCUGAACGUGACCCUGACAAUCCGCCUGCUGAUGCAUGGAAAGGAAGUGGGAAGCAUCAUCGGGAAGAAAGGAGAGACCGUGAAGAAGAUGCGUGACGAGAGUGGUGCCAGGAUCAACAUCUCAGAGGGGAACUGCCCGGAAAGGAUCGUGACCAUCACGGGCCCCACCGACGCCAUCUUCAAGGCCUUUGCCAUGAUCGCCUAUAAGUUUGAGGAGGACAUCAUCAACUCCAUGAGCAACAGCCCCGCCACCAGCAAGCCCCCGGUGACGCUGAGGUUGGUGGUCCCUGCCAGCCAGUGCGGCUCCCUCAUCGGCAAAGGCGGCUCCAAGAUCAAGGAGAUCAGGGAGUCCACAGGAGCCCAGGUGCAGGUGGCCGGGGACAUGCUGCCCAACUCCACGGAGCGGGCGGUGACCAUCUCGGGGACCCCCGACGCCAUCAUCCAGUGUGUCAAGCAGAUCUGUGUGGUCAUGCUGGAGUCCCCACCGAAAGGUGCCACCAUUCCCUACCGCCCAAAGCCCGCCUCCACCCCUGUCAUUUUUGCAGGUGGUCAGGUAAGAGCCGACCCGCUCGCGGCCUCCACUGCCAACCUCAGCCUUUUACUGCAGCCCCCGCCGCUGCCCGCCUACACGAUCCAGGGACAGUACGCCAUCCCGCACCCAGAUCAGUUGACCAAGCUCCACCAGCUGGCCAUGCAGCAAACCCCCUUUCCUCCCCUCGGACAGACCAACCCCGCUUUCCCCGGAGAAAAGCUGUCUUUACACUCCUCCGAAGAAGCUCAAAAUCUGAUGGGCCAGCCCUCAGGUCUGGACGCCAGCCCCCCGGCCAGCACUCACGAGCUCACCAUUCCCAAUGACCUAAUAGGCUGUAUAAUUGGACGCCAGGGGACCAAGAUCAAUGAAAUCCGACAGAUGUCCGGAGCUCAAAUCAAGAUUGCCAAUGCCACGGAAGGGUCAUCGGAGCGUCAGAUCACCAUCACGGGGACCCCGGCUAACAUCAGCCUCGCCCAGUACCUCAUCAAUGCCCGGCUGACGUCCGAGGUCACUGGCAUGGGCGCGCUCUGACCCUUCCGGUGGCAUCCACCCCGCGGCCCCGCGGCUCGCCACUGUACAGACAGCCCGCCCCUCGUCACAGAUACAAAUAGCGGUUUUCUUUAUGACACGUGGCCGGUGCCGCCGAGACGCACGCACCAACGAAGCAGCCGCGUCCACGGCUGAGCCUGGGCCCACCCCCGCGUUAGCCUCCGCCCGUCUGUCCCUGCGCCAGCAUGCGGCGUGACUUCUGUCCUGUGCUCCGGGGCAUUCCCGUCCGUGACGUUCUAGAAGUAUCGUUCCUAGUGUCAGUGUGACGUUUCAGAGUGGGUCUGACGUUUCGACGCCGUCCCCUGCACCGCCCCGCGGCCCGCUUCCCCUCGCCCGCAUCCAGGCGGGUGUCCACGUGGGUGUUUGCCCGGGCGUGCCUCCUCCUUGUUCCGAGGGAAGGGGGAGCAUGGUGCCGGGGCCCUGGCCGAGGCACAGGGUGAGGUGGGGUGCUCGGGCACUUGAAGGGGAGACAUGGGCCCCUGGGCACCUUCGGGGGGCCGGAGGGCACGGGCUGGCUGGGAAGCGCCUCUGCUCCAUGUCGGAGUUCAAUAAAGGUCGUGGGCCGCCCCGCUGGCUGUGGCUCCUCUGUGCCCCUCGCCAGGCCCCGUCCCUCCCGCGCACGUGCGCUCGCACCCGAGACCCGGCCCAGCAGCCGUGGCUGGAGCAGCCAGUCCUUUGUCACGCAGUCAGCCCCCGGCCCUGCGCCCCCGGCCUUCGCAAGUCAUUCCGGUUUUGCUUUUGCAGAAUUACUGAAAAAGACAAUGACAGAAACUUCAUUUUUGGUUUCUGAAUUGUGGACUCACCUCUCCCACCACCUGUGUGUGGGGGGACAGGCCACACGCAGUGACCCCAGUGUGCACACCACACCCUUUCACCGAACUGUGUUCUCAGCUCGCCCCCGCCCACCGCCCCUUCUGGAUGCUGAAGCCCUGGGUGGGACGCGGGCCCUGGCAGAAGGGGGCUCACGAUGGACAGAGGCCGUCAGCCUCUCCCAGAGCCUGUCAAGCACCCAGUGGCCCGGGGUGGCCUGCCUGUCAGCGGGAGCCCCUUCGCAGCUGCCCGCGUGGCCAGGCCACCUGGCACACUCCCCUCACUAUCUCCACAGCCCCUGGUCAAGGUACAGUGCACAUCACAGCAGCGCCGAGCCACCUCGCACACCUGGGUGGCUUAGGGCCAUGUGGUCCACUCACCCAUUGGACACGUUGGCCACAUGCCGGCCACCCCUCAGGGGAACCUGGGAGGAGGCGGAGAUGUGGCAGACACAGGCCAUCCCCUGGGCACCUCCGUCGGCACGUGGGCAGUGGGUGGCCGGCAGACGGGGUGAGUACGAGCCUAUAGGGCAGUAGGUGUGGCGAUGCACAGACCCGGCUGGGCGGGGCGCCAGGAGCUCAGUGUGGAGUGGGCAGGCACAGCGGGCCGACCC